CUCUCUCUCUCUCUCUCUCUCUCUCUCUCUCUCUCUCUCUCUCUCUCUGUCUCUCAAGAAUCACGUGAAUUGAGGUGAUGAAAACAAUAAGUAAAGUAGUAGGGAAUAAAAUAUACUUGACUUGAUGAAGGACUGUAAUUGGGUAAUGGCUCAUCUUUUUUUUUUUUUCUUCUCAAGUAAUGACGGAGUGGGGGGGCUGAUUGUAUUCAAAAUUUUCCAUAUCUUUCAAGAUAUCUUGAUGGCGGAGUGGAGGCCCGUUAUAGAUCAUGAGCAGUGGCGGUGAUGAUGGAGUACGAUGACAAGUCAAUGGCUGGUUCGCCAGUAAUUCAUCGUGUUUUGUCUGUUAUUACACCUAAUCCCACUCUCAUUCGCAAGGUGGGAGCAGAGUUUGUAGGAACGUUCAUCCUGAUAUUUGCAGCGGUGGGGGGACCCAUAGUGAACGAAAAGUACAACGGAGUUGAAUCCCUUAUCGGAAACGCUUUGUGCGCGGGGCUGGCGGUGAUGAUAGUGAUACUGUCAAUAGGUCACAUCUCCGGGGCCCACCUCAACCCGUCUGUCACCGUAGCUUUUGCGUUUCUCCGCCAUUUCCCCUGGUCUCAAGUACCUGCUUACAUUGCCGCACAGAUAUCCGCCGCCAUAUGUGCAUCAUUUGCUCUCAAAGCAGUCUUCAACCCUUUUAUGUCCGGCGGGGUAACUGUUCCUUCGGUCAGCGCCAGACAGGCUUUCGCACUAGAGUUCUUCACUACAUUUUUUCUGCUCUUUGUUAUUAUUGCCGUAGCCACAGAUACCCGCGCCGUGGGAGAGCUAGCGGGGGUAGCCAUCGGAGCAACAGUUAUGCUUGAUGUUCUUCUGGCUGGGCCAUCGACAGGGGCAUCAAUGAAUCCAGCAAGAAGCCUGGGGCCAGCCAUAGCAGCAGGGAAUUACAAGUCAAUAUGGAUAUAUAUAGUGGCCCCAACACUAGGUGCUGUCUCAGGUGCAACUACCUACUCUCUCAUCAGACAAGAUGAACCUCCUCUUCACAUUCAGACCGUCAGGACCUUCGGCCGCCACUAGCGCCAAUAUUAUGAUAAUGCA